UGGAACCCGCGGCCUCAGCCUAAGACGGUGGGACAACCUGCCCCAGAGCACAGCCACAGCAAGGCCACCUGUCCAGGUCCCCAUCCCAGGCUUGGCAAUGACCCUGGCGGCUUCCUCCCAGCGCUCCCAAAUCAUUCGCUCCAAGUUCCGAUCUGUCCUCCAGCUUCGGAUCCACAGACGGUAUCAGGACCCGAGCCUCUCGGGAUCUUUCACUGCCUCUCCAGUCUCAGAUUCAGAUCCCUGGAUCUCAGCCUCAGCCCCAGCUCUGGCCCCCACCGCAGCCUCACCCUCAGGUCCUGCCCCUCUCUGCUCCAGUCUGGGUGUUCUGCACCCUGAGUCACAACGCUGCCCUUGGAAGUCGCUGAAGAAGGAGUCGCCCAACAUCUCCCAACAUUGGAGGGAGGCCAAGCCCAAGGGGAACUUGACAUACCACCAGUACAUUCCCCCAGAGCCAAGACAAGGGUCUAGGGCAGACCCCCAGGCCAAAGGAUCGGCUGAGGGUCCCCCUGGGCCACCUCUGUGUGAAGAGAUGAAAUCACAGCAGCCACCUUCUAGGAUGAAGCCCACUCCCCUCCCUCCCUCCCUCCCAGGAGUCUCCAACCCCUCGUCUCCUUCACACAAGUUGGAACUUCAGACCCUUAAACUGGAGGAGCUGACGGUCUCAGAGCUCCGGCAGCAGCUGCGCCUGCGGGGCCUCCCGGUGUCCGGGACCAAGUCGAUGCUCCUUGAGCGCAUGCGCGGAGGGGCCCCGUCCCGCGAGCGGCCGAAGCCAAGGCGCGAGGACUGUCCCGCGGGUGCUCCCUGGCCACGCCUCAGGCCUAAAGCCCUCGUAGCCGCCCGACGGCAGGGUUCGUCCAAGCCAAGCCCAGCAUCUCCCCUGCCCCCUGUUCCUCGUGCCGCGGGAAACUUCGUGACCGCUCCGGCUCCGUCUCAGUCUCCGGCUCCAACUCCGGCUCCAGCUCUGACCCCUUCCUCAGCACCAGCCUCAGCAGCCCUGACUCUGGAGGAGGAGCUGCAGGAAGCGAUCCGGAGGGCACAGUUGCUUCCGAACCGUGGCAUCGAGGACAUCCUGGAGGAUCAGGUGGAAUCUAGUGACCUGCUGCCCCCUAUCCCCCUGGAUUUCCCAGGCUCUUUCGAUGUGCUGUCCCCCUCCCCAGACUCCAAAGGCCUCUCAUCUGUCUUCUCUUCCUCGCUCCCGUCCCCCACAAACUCCCCAUCCCCAUCUCCCAGGGGCCCCACGGACUCCUUGGACUGGCUGGAAGCUCUGAGUGGGGGUCCUCCACUGGGCUGUGGCCCCCCAGCCCCCAGCAUCUUCUCCACUGAUCUAUCUGAUUCCGGUGGCACCCGGCUGUGGGACCUGCUGGAGGGUCCCUGGUGAAAGAUUCUGGGUUUCUGAGGAACUGAGAACUGGUAGGGAUGGAGAGGUCACUGAGACAGACUCCUUGAGGGAGGAGUCGGCACAACCAGCAGAAUCCCCUCCCACCACAAACCCAGAAUCAGAAAUGACCCUCAUCUCCACCUGGCCCCUAAAUGCUGCCCACAUGCCAACCACCUGACUUUCGCCUGCCCUGACCUCCACGAUCGUGUGGUGGGGGAAGGGAGGUCUCAUUUGCUGCGGUCCAGGGCGAACAAUCUGCUCGCUGCUUCCUUCCGAGACCUCUUGGAUGUCUUCUUCUCCUCAUCCUACCCACUACACGGCUACCUGUUGCUGGGGCAUCGGGAAGGUGGUGUAUGCUUUUUUUGGAUGCAGGAGAGGGGCAGGAAGGAGUGGGGAGGGAGAACAGAGAACAGGCUCCCCUCGGCUUUCGGUUGGAAGUGAGAAAAUCAGAACCGUUACGUACGAGGUCAGAUUCUCUUGGAAGCAGAGCCUGAGACAAGAUCCAUGUGUCCGAGAUUUAUUAAAGGAAUGCUCCCAGGAGGAAGCCAAAGGGAGCAGGUGAAAUGGGACAGCAAGAGGGAAGAAGAGUACUAGGUGUGUGCUGUCAGGUGAAGUCCCAACCUCAGCCUGGUCCCUGAGGAUAAAUUAAGUUGCAGAAUCUUUCCCACCUUGCAAUAAAUGGAACUGGGCCUUUAGAGCAAAGGGAGAUCCCCGUUUAGGUUUUCAAAGCUGAAUCACAAACCACCUCAAAACGUAGUGUCUUAAAAUGAUCACUAAUUACAGUUGUUCACAAUUCUGUGGGUUGACUGGGCUCAGCCAGGCGGUUCUUCAGCACCAUAUGCUUUCGGCUAGGGCUGUGAGAUCCAAUGUGGCGCUCUCACACAUGUCUGGAGCCUUGGCAGGGGUGGCUCCUAGGUUGGACUCAUCGGGGCUGGGGGCAGCUGGACUUCUCUCAUUCUCUGUGCGGGCUCAGUGCCCUCCCUCUCCAUGUGGUCUCUCCCGCAGAGACAUGGACUCCUUAGGAGGUAGCUCAGGUCUUUGCCAAAGCAACCCUCUCUCGGAGAGGAAGCAGAAACUGCCAGUCUCUUAAAGACUGACCUUGGAACAGACCCAAUGUCCUUUCCACCGUUUGUAUUGGUUGUUUCAAGUCAGGCCAACCCAGGCUGAAUCUGGGAGGGGACCACUCCAAGGUGUUAACAUGGAGGGGAUGGCAUGGUCACUUGGGGCCACAUUUGGAGACUUGCUACUACACCUCUCUGGUUAGUCAUGGGCUCCGUGUCCUGAGAGGGGGCUGGAACACAAAGUCCCAAGCACUUAGACCCCAAGAAGCACCCAGAGAAGGCCACAGGGUAACCUGUUAGCAGCAAAGUGUUUUAAAGUGCAGAUGCUAUUAAUCCGAGUGAGGCCAACAGGUCAGAUGAUCGCCGUUGAAAAGACAGUCUGUUAGCCCUGACGGGUGUGGCCCAGUCAGUUGGGCAUUGUUCUGCAAAGUAAAAGGUCUCUUGUGCGAUUCCCAGCCAGGGCACAUGCCCGGGUUUCGGGGUUUGUUUUCGGUCCCAGUUGGGGGUGCCUAGAGAGGAAGCCAAUGGGUGUUUCUCUCUCGCAUCACUGUUUCUCUCCCUCUCUUUCUCCCUCCCUUCCCCUCUCACCACCGCCCCCCAAAAAUAAAUUAAAAAGACAGUUUGUUAUUCUCACAGAUCCCAAAAGAACAGAGCAUCCCAAGCCAUGCAGGGCCAUACAGAGAAGCACCAGGGUCAGCCAGGAGGCAGAGGGGGAGAGGGGAACCAUGGUGAGAGCAGUUGCUGUGGCUUCUUCAAGAAGGAGCACAUGGGGCGGGGUAAGGAGGCAUAAGGUUAGCUGGUUUGAAUAAUUUCAGCAGCCUCAUGGGGUCCUGAGGUACCUGGAACCUGGCCCUCGGGAGAUCGGGCUGAAGGGUCAAGUCCCGGAGUAUAACGUCUUAAAAAGAGAAGUGGCGGGGAGUCUGGGCUGUGGGCUGCUGGGUCCGCGUGGGAAAGGCCUGGACACAGGUGCGCUCGUGAUUACCUCCAGGAAUUGGCUGGCCCUGUCAGCCAGGCCCCAGAUGUCAAAGCACCGCCCAUACAGAAG